CCAUUUUCGUUUUGCAGUUCGCGGAAUUCCAUCAUGGGCUCUGUAAAAUGGCUCGUAGUUUGUGUUCUCUUCACUUUUAUUCUUGAAAUCAAUACAUUUCUAGUUGCUGGGGGAGUUGGAACGGCAUUACUCGCAGGAAUAUACACAGCUUACACACCGGUCAAGUGUUAUUUUAAAGAAUGUUGUACAGCGGACUGGAUCCACCUAAAUGCUACAGCCCUCCGCGAGGACCUUCAAGCCAGAGUAUUUGGGCAGCAUCUAGCUAUUGAUGUCGUUAUGAAGCAUCUGCAAGCUCACAUGACAAAAGAUCCAACAAGAGCGCUAGUACUCUCGUUUCAUGGAGGGACUGGCACAGGGAAGAACCAUGUCAGCAGAAUUAUCGCCGGGGGUCUAUAUCAAGAGGGAAUGAGGAGCAAGUAUGUCCAUUUCAUAUCAACAAAUAAAGAAUUCCCUCAUGCUGAUAUGGCACCACUUUACAAGGAGAAAUUGAAAGAGUUGGUUGAAAACAGUGUAAAAGAAUGUGAACAGUCUUUAUUUAUCUUUGAUGAAAUCGAUAAAAUGCCACCUGGAGUCAUCGAUACUUUGGCACCUUACCUUGAUUUCCACGAGCACCUGUCGGGUACUGACUACAGAAAAGCCAUCUUCUUGUUUUUAAGUAACACAGCUGGAAAAGAAAUAUAUGAUCAUACAUUAAAACACUGGAAUGUCAGAGAUAGAAUUAAAUUGAAUGAAAUGGAACAAAUCAUCAGCAAAACCACUGUUUAUACCAACUCAAGUAAGUGAA